GGGAUAUAAAUAAAGGUCAAAAUGAUGCAGACGGAGCAAGACAUCUGAACCUUUCCACAAGAAGGCCGUACACAAGAGCGACUCGAAGUUACAGAGAUGAAUCGUGCUCCAUGCUUCCUGGCGUUGGGGCUGUGCCUGGCUUUCUCCUACCAACUUUCUGCAGAAGAGAUUCUGGGGAGACCGUUCAUUCUGCAUGCUCUGGAGGAUGCAAAGAGGACCGUUGAUGAAGCCUACAAAUACUCACGAAUAGAGAGUCUGUCUCGUGUGCAGAAGGGGUCGGCCAGCCCUGCAGAUAUUCUGCGUCUGCUGAAGCAGCCGGCCCGGGACACACGCUCAGCAGUGCGAGCUGCAGACUACAUGGACUACACUCUCACACUGAUCCAGCAGAGGGCGCACCACCUGCACAAACGCUCGCUCAAUGCUACAGAUCUGCUCACCCCUGAUGAACUGGGCACCAUCGCCCGUCUGACAGGCUGUGCAGCUCGAGUUCGGCCCCCGUCCUGCCGCACCACCCCACAGAUCAACACGUACAGAACUGCCACUAGCGUCUGCAACAACCUGAAAAACCCUCGGCGUGGGGCCUCCAACACGCCCUUCACCCGCUGGCUGCCCCCUAAAUACGACGAUGGGAUCUCCCAACCCAGGGGAUGGGACCCCAAAAGAAGCUACAAUGGAUUCUUACUCCCCCUGGUGAGAGAGGUCUCCAAUCGGAUUCUGACCACAGUGAACAAAAGCGUGGAGAAUGACCAGGUCUUCACUCACCUGGUGACCAUCUUUGGCCAGUGGAACGAUCACGACCUGACCUUCACCCCGGCAUCUCCCAGCAUCCGUUCCUUCAGCAACGGCAUCGACUGUGACGCGACCUGCGAGCAGGCUAACCCCUGCUUCCCCAUUCCAAUCCCGAAGCAGGACCCCCGCUUCGGCGCAAAUUCCAAAACCUGCCUCCCGUUCUUCCGCUCCGCCCCGGCGUGUGGGACUGGGAGCACGGGUUUCAUCUUCGGGGCGAACAACGUGCUGGAGCAGAUCAACUCCCUGACGGCCUACCUGGACGUGGGGCAGGUGUACGGCUCGGAGGACGUGCUGGCCCGGGACCUGCGUGACCUCACCAACGACGGGGGCUUGCUGCGCGUCAACCAGAGAUUCAACGACAAUGGCAGGGAGCUCCUGCCCUUCACCAACAUGAAGCCCAACAUGUGCGCGACUCGCCAGAAAGUCACCAACACUUCUGGACUGGAAGAGGUGCCAUGUUUCGUAGCAGGCGACGUCCGCGUGGACGAGAACAUCGGCCUCACCUCCCUGCACACGGUGUUCCUACGUGAGCACAACCGCCUGGCGCGGGCACUGCGCCAGCUCAACCCGCACUGGAGCAGCGAGACGCUCUACCAGGAGGCGCGCAAGAUCAUGGGCGGCUACCAUCAGGUACUCAUGUUCCGGGAUUACCUCCGGCACAUCGUCGGCCCUGACGAGUUGUCACGCCGACUCUCCACCUACCCCGGCUACGAUGAGAACGUGGACCCCACCAUCUCCAACGUCUUCGCCACGGCUGCCUACCGCUUCGCCCACCUCGCCAUCCAGCCCUUCAUGUUCCGACUGGAUGAGAACUACAACGAGCACCCGCAGUUCCCCAGCGUGCCGCUGCAUAAGGCUUUCUUCACCCCCUGGAGGGUGGUCUUUGAAGGUGGGGCAGACCCCCUGAUUCGGGGACUGAUUGGCCAUCCCGCCAAGCUGAACACGCAGGAUCACGUGAUGGUGGAGGCACUCCGUGAUAGGCUUUUCCAGUUCACCAGUCGGCUGGCGCUGGACCUGGGUGCUCUGAACAUGCAGCGCAGUCGUGAACACGGCAUCCCUGGCUACAACGAAUGGCGACGGUUCUGUGGCCUGUCAGAGCCCCAGAAUGUCGAGCAGCUGGCCCAGGUUAUGAACAACACAGAUCUGGCUCAGCGGCUGCUGCAGCUGUACGGCACCCCCGCCAACAUCGACGUGUGGCUGGGGGGCGUCGUAGAGCCCUUUGUCCCCGGGGGCCGCGUGGGGCCCCUCUUUGCCUGCCUAAUCGCCAAACAGUUCCAGAACAUCCGCCAGGGAGACAGGUUAUGGUGGCAGAAUGAGGGCGUGUUCACCAGCAGACAGAGGGCUUCCCUGGCCAGCGUCUCAUUGGCCCGCAUCAUCUGUGACAACACGGGCAUCAGAGACGUCCCCCGCGACCCCUUCCUCUACCGCCCCCGUGGGUCCGGCUACGCCAACUGCGACACCAUCCCUGCCUUUGACCUCACGCCCUGGAUCGAAGCUGGGUCCGACCCCAUCCCAGGCCCUGUCGGCCCAAGGGGAGAGCCAGGAGAACGAGGUCCCCCAGGCAUGAGGGGGCCCCCUGGCCCCCCCGGCCCCCCCGGUCCCCCCGGCCCCGGCAUCCAGCGCUCGGCUUUCUCGGUACGCCUGGGCUACAACAACCCCGACCCCAAUCAGGUCAUCAUCUUCCGGGAGGUCCUCUACAACGGGCAGAAGCACUACGACAACCGCACCGGCUACUUCACCUGCGCGGUGCCCGGGGUGUACCAGUUCGACUUCUUCUGCACCCUGUACCAGAACGUGGGCAACGUCGACCUGUGCCACAACGGCCGGGUGGUGCUGCACUCCCUGAGCACGCUGCAGAACGGCUACGUCACCAGCUCCGGGGGCACCAUGGUGGAGCUCCGCCGGGGGGACCGGGUCUGGCUGCGGGCCAACUACGGGGGCAACGGCAUGACCGCCGACAGCUACUUCUCCGGACACCUGCUCUUCACCCCGUAGAUCAGACGCUCCCGCUACGCGCUCGUUUAUACUCCGUGUCUAACGCGCUCGCUAAACGCACUCCGGCUCACGCGCGCCUCUCUCUCCGCGCUCUUCUCUUUUAGCCACAGCAUACAGACCUACCGCGUGCACUCGUGGUAGUGGCUUUUCGGUGUUUUGCGUCACCCGCGCUUCCGACUUUCACCGGUGCCGCUCUGUUCUUUCCCGAUCUUUCCGGAAGCAUGGCGUGAAAACGGUAGCACCUCUACCUGUAAUUCCGCUCUACUGCACUAAAGAAGGAACUGAAAAGGACAGGCUUCUGCUCCUGAUCCGAUGCACUAUUUAUAUAUUCUCUGUUUUAAAUUUAGCCUUGCUUAACCUUUAUUUAUACGGGAUGACUGUUGCUUCUGCUGUUGAAUCACCGAUGCUCAUGCUGCCACCCAGCAAUGCUUCGCUUGACUGCCCUUAAAUGGACAUCUUAGAUGUCAAAUAAGGACUUUGCAGACACUGAAUUGUCUAAUCACUUUGUAAAUCUUUGUGAAAAUGAUUAUUUUUAAAUAUAUAUUUUAGAAGUUUGUUUGGAUACCCUAGGCUGCUACCUUGGAUUUAUCUGCACAGCAAAGAAAUAGUGCCUUUGUUUACACUGCAGUUUUGCAGAUGUGCACACACAUUCAGCUUGAUUGUACAAGCUGACCUUAAAUGGCUGGGAAAUUUUCAUCUUAACAUGGUGCCGCAACAUGAAACAAGCUUGGGUCAAAACAUUGAAGUGUAACGGGAACCUGAAUUUAAUGCCGACUCCCAACUCUAUGUAAAACGUUUUGUCUUUUUUAUAUUCAGAAAUAAAAAUAAUUUAAAAAGUUCU